GUCCAAGGAGCAUUAUGUGGAGAGUUCGAUGGCAUUGAAUGCUCGAUUGGCCCAGGUCCCGAUCUUUCGCAAUCGCCAUUUCGGCUCGAUAUACCGCAUUUAGGACGGCAGAUUACAUUCGUACCCGAUGUUGCUCUUCUCGAUGGGUUCAAUCCAGAUGGUUUGCAUCGGAUCAGUCUAUCGAAGAAAAGUGCUUUAUUCACGGAUGGCCAAUCCAGCUGUUGUUUGGAGCUGGUUCUUGGCAGAGGUCGCAACUGGCGAGAUCCGUUGUCGAAGCUCUUUGAUCGAUUGUAUCCAAACAAAUGGGCCUUCUUCAUAGCUGAACUUGAGCAGGGUCAAGCGAUCUACCACCUUUUGUGCUCUAACUCGCCACCAAUCUCGACUCGUCGUGAGGACACACCGGACUCCACUGAGCCAUCGUCUCAGAUUAGCUCACCGCCGGAAUCGGUUUGA